UGACACUUACUGCAAUAUCUCACAUAUAAAGAAACUCUAAGUUUGGCUGAUCUGCAAAUGGUGGCGGGUAUCGGACCGCACCACGGCAUUACAUAACCGUGUAUAGCCGCGUCGCCCGCAUCCCCGCAAACCGCCCCUCAAGCCGUCCCUUAUCCCAUCCUGCAUCUCCCUUAUCGAAUCAGCAAACCCUCCAGCCCAUAAUAUUCGUCAUAAUGUCAGACUCCCACGACGAUUCCGACGGUCCUGAGAGUCGUCGCAAGAGAAUUCGCCAAGCCUGCCUCAAUUGCAGGAAGAAAAAAGUUCGCUGCACGGGUGAGAAACCGAUAUGUCAGUUUUGUAAUAGGCUUGGACAACCUUGUGUUUAUGCAGAGGAUGGGAGGAGUCUUAGAAGGACGAAUUUGGCCGUUCAGCCUGCUUUGGGGGAUGUGCCUGAGGCUAUUAUGGAUAACAUCACGGCGCGGUUUGCUUCUUUCGAAGAUCAGAUAUCAACGCUACAGGCAACAGUCGAAAGAUUACUGCCGCUCGUCACAAGUCAACAACAAUUAUCCACCAAACGCACUCACUACCAAGCCAACACCCCUGCCCCCGUCCUUCUUCAAACUCCUUCCACGAUACAAUCUCAUGCCAAUGAGCGCCCUCAACCAAGUUCCCUUCUAUUUGCUGCCGACGUCUACUUCCGCUACUGUCACAGCCAACCUUACUCCCUCUUUCACGAACCAACCUUUCGGCAGCGCCUGGCCGAUGACACGCUACCAACCUAUCUACUCUGGGCAUUCUUAUCAGCUGCCAGACGAUACUCUUCUCUACCAGUCACUCAGAUCAACUCUGCCGACGAUGCGUCUAGCUAUGCUGCUAAAGCUUGGGAGAGUAUAGAACUUCCGUGGACAGGCAACGCGCCCCAGGAAAGGAUUUUAACAGUCAUUCAAACCAUCAUAUUGAUAGUAAGCACUGAGGUUCCCGCCGGCUUGUGUAGCCAAGCUCACAUGAAGCUCGGCUUCGCCAUUCGUCUUGCCCAGAAUAACAAGCUGCACCUGGAACCCGAUCCAUCACUACCUGCACCAGAACGGGAGGAACGAAAGAGAACCUUCUGGUCCCUAUACCUGCAAGACAAACUGAUAAGUCUUUCCCGUGGACGCUUCUCCGGUAUCCGAGACGAGGAAUGCAAGGUGUCUUUACCAUGCUCAGAGGAUGCAUUCAAGGAGGGUCGCGAGGAGAAGACCCCCUUCCUCGACGAAUUGACGGGAGAUUGCGUGGAACAAGAAGCCGUUGACAGUUGCUGCCCGCUUGGUCUCAUCAACGUUAUGGCAUCUAUUCUGGGUGGUGUCUCACAUUACGUUUUGCAUGAUACCCAAACCUCUCAGAUGGGCCUUCCUUGGUCUUCAACAGCUCCUUACGCCACGUUAUCAUCGGCGUUACUCCAAGCAGAACACUACUUCGGAAUGAAUGAAGACCCAGCUGAAAGUCUUAAGCAACGAUGUACGGUCGAUGGUGUCGUUGAUCAGCUCCUCGCAGGUUCCUUCAUCUUCGCAAAGGCCAUGUUUCACCUGUCUCAUUGUCUGCUCCAUCAUCCUUUCCUGAUACAACAAAGGCUUCAGUCGGGUAAACAAAAGGCGCCGUCGAUCUUCAUGAAGACGGCUUGGGAAAAGUGUAGAACUCAUGCGAAAAGUAUCACAGACCUACUGGAUAUGAAGAAUCAGAAUGUUCUCAUACUAACCUCCAUUUACGGAUAUUGUAUCAUGGUUGCUGGUACAAUUCAUGCUCUGUCUAUGAACGAUGAGAGAGACCAUAUUCGAAAGGAGAGCCAAAGACACUAUCGUGCUGCCAUGGAAUCACUACAGGACCUAUCAUGUUACUGGAACCAUGCAGCUCUAAUGGUUAAACGACUAGAGAGAUUCCAUAGUCAGUGCGAGACUCGCGGACAAGAGCUUUCACCCUCAAGCGUCGAGCGAACACCUGGUGAUGUCAAAGCUCUGUGGCAAAGUGUCGACUAUACCUCGUUGUCAACUCCAACAAGACCCGGAAGUCCAACGCUGGCAGUUCAAACCUCAGUCGAAGCCGACUGGGCCUUAUCAGCGGAUAUGUUUGACUUUAGUGGUUUCGGUGGAUUUGCAGAAGGUGUUGAUGUCUUCAGCAUCUCGUUUGUUGAUGGUGAUAUGACGCUGGGAGAUGAAAUUCCUAACUUGGCGCCGAAUUAGGCAGCGAUUGGACCUGACAUUGGUAUUGGUUUGGACAUUGGGUUUGAAAGAAGUAAACUGUGC